AGAAACUUCGGGGCGCACGGAGUGCCAGCUGGCGAGGCCUUGGGUCGGUUUUUCGUGCGUGGUCUUUGGGUUCAGCCGCUCCAGGAAGCGAGAUGUCGAAGCCGCCACCCAAACCAGUCAAACCAGGGCAGGUUAAAGUGUUCAGAGCACUGUAUACGUUUGAACCCAGAACUCCAGAUGAGUUGUACUUUGAGGAAGGCGAUAUUAUCUACAUUACUGACAUGAGUGAUACCAAUUGGUGGAAAGGCACUUCCAAAGGCAGGACUGGACUGAUCCCAAGCAACUAUGUGGCUGAGCAGGCGGAAUCCAUUGACAAUCCAUUGCAUGAAGCUGCAAAAAGAGGCAACUUGAGCUGGUUGAGAGAGUGUUUGGACAACCGAGUCGGUGUUAACGGCUUGGACAAAGCUGGAAGCACCGCGUUGUACUGGGCUUGUCACGGGGGUCACAAAGAUAUAGUGGAAAUGCUAUUUGCUCAACCAAACAUUGAACUGAACCAACAGAACAAGUUGGGAGACACAGCUUUGCAUGCUGCUGCCUGGAAGGGUUAUGCAGAUAUUGUCCAGCUGCUUCUGGCAAAAGGUGCUAGAACAGACUUAAGGAACAAUGAAAAGAAGCUGGCCUUCGACAUGGCUACUAAUGCUGCCUGUGCAUCUCUCCUGAAAAAGAAACAGGGAACAGAUGCAGUUCGAACAUUAAGCAACGCUGAGGACUAUCUUGAUGAUGAAGACUCAGAUUAAUUCCCCUCCAGAGCUUUGAGAUCUAAAACUUCUGUUGCUUUUGCCAUUCCAAAACCUUGUCUUUGCCAGAGAGUGUUGGUAACUGUCUAAAAAAAAAUGUCUAUAUGAACGUGGCAGUAUUGCACUGUUUGAGUAGAACGUGUGAAUAAAUAGUUCUCACCUUCGGUUUGCCAAUAAGUGACUGGAUACUUUACUGUAUAAAGUACAUUUUUGUUCACCACAGUAGAACAAGAAGAGAUUAUUUCUAUUUAUCAAGCUAAAGGAAUUUUAAGAAUUUUUUUCUUUAAAAAAUCAAGAUGGUUUUUUUAAAGUUCUUUACCUCAAGGAUUGAGAUAUUUUGAAUGGAUUUUUCAAGGGGGGAAAUGCUUAUUGUAAUAAUAAACCAAAAGACUUAACAGAAAAUUGUCAGCUGUUCUGACAAAAAUAAACAUUUUAAGAGACUUUA